UAAAAUGAGUCAGACUCACAAAAACCUGGGACUGGUUUUAAUUGUGAGCAAUACUACACAACAUGUUCAAUUGGAGCAUGCUUGCUGACCUCACAGAUGAAAACACUAUUUAAGAUCUGGUAACCAGAUGUUCCUCUAGGAACGAAGCAGCUGUGAACAGCCGUUUUCCAGACCACUUCAGCAGUGAGUGCAAAAUAUUCUAGCUGAAGAAGAUAUGAUUGCAUUAACUCUUCUCUUUGCUUUGUUGUGGGAGAGGGCUCCUGGUUGGGGAUUCAAGAAUGGAAUUCUCCAUAACUCCAUUUGGUUAGAGAGAGCAGCAGGAGUAUACCACAGAGAAGGAAGGGCGGGAAAAUACCAGCUCACCUACUUGGAAGCCAAGGCUGUGUGUGAAUAUGAAGGAGGACACCUGGCCACCUAUCAACAGCUGGAGGCUGCAAGAAAAAUAGGAUUUCAUAUGUGUGCUGCUGGCUGGCUAGCGAAGGGGAGAGUUGGCUACCCUAUUGUGAAACCUGGAAGCAACUGUGGCUUUGGGAAGACUGGGAUUGUUGAUUAUGGUUUUCGACUCAACAGGAGUGAAAAAUGGGAUGCUUACUGCUAUAACCCCAAUGGAAAAGACUGUGGUGGCAUCUUCACAGAUUCAAAGCAUAUCUUCAAAACCCCCGGCUACCCAAAUGAAUAUGAAGACGAUCAAAUCUGUUACUGGCAUAUAAGAGUGAAGUACGGCCAGCGGAUUCAAAUAGAGUUUCUCGACUUUGACCUUGAAGAUGAUAUGGCUUGCAUGGCUGAUUACUUAGAAAUAUAUGACAGCUAUGAUGACGUCAAUGGCUUUGUGGGCAGGUACUGCGGAGAUGAACUUCCUGAUAGCAUCAUUAGCACAGGGAAUGUAAUGACUCUGAAAUUCUUAUCUGAUGCUUCAGUAACAGCAGGAGGCUUUCAGAUUAAAUAUACUGCGAUAGAUACAUCCAAGAAGAAUACAACGGUCCAGGACAGCACUAAUUAUUUAGCUGGGAGAUUUGGCAUUGUAUAAAAGAACUCUGAUAUAAAGAAAGCAAUUUGCCUUGGGUGUCUGUUAAAGGAUUCUUCUCCUGUGCUCCAACACCAAUAGCAUAAGUCUUUCUCCCAGUGGGCCCUAGUCCUUGUGAUCUCCUGGCUGUUACCUCUUUCCAAUGCAGCAUCUUCUUUUCAUUGAUUUUCAGUGUCACACAUACCUUUUGUUUAAUAAUUCCCACCACCACCUGGAGCCUCCCCUUUUUUCUGUUUCUCCACCAGUGCUGCAAAGCCUGCCUCUCUGGUAUAAUUUGUUUCAUAUUUUUAGCCAGUUUCCAGGGGGAUGAAUGAGUGGGUCUGCAGUGGGAAAAGUCUGGUUCACUCCUAAAGCGAGCAAUCAGACAAUACCUUUACUGGAGUGAACCAACCCACCUCCAGAAUGUUUCUAUCCACACCUUUCUAGCCUCUCUCAGGAGCCUCUACUUCUUUUAAGUAUAGGUAUGAUCGCCCUGAUUUGGUUUGUUUCCAGCAUGUGCAAUCACUGGAAAUGAACCAAAACAAUCCGCCUUCUUUUAAUCUGCCAUGUC